AUGGCAGUGACGGUUUACGAAAGGGAAAUCCCCGGCGGGCCCUUUUCUGCAGCUGUGCAGAUCAACUACAGGUAGAGGUUCGAGAAAUUAGAGGGUUGUGGACAAUCUAAAUCAACCUUAGCUGUAAUCCAUCCUAGCUAUCUACUAUUUAAGGCAUCUAAUUAAGAGUGUGGACUUUCUGUUCGUUUUUAGUGCAGUUUAGGUAAGACAAAGUGCUCAAACGAUAGUGAUUGUCAGUCAUGUGGAGACGAAACUGUUAUCUGCAAUUUUCUAAAGCUAUGUAACUAUUCAAGCAAAAUUGACGUUACUAUCAGGAAUAAACCGGUAAGAAUUAGCCUCAAUCCAUGCCCAACAUAAACAAUAUAGCCGUGAGAAACUCUUAAAUCUUCGUUUUCCAUAUGCACAAAAACUAUCUGGACGAAAAUGACAAAUCUACCUAAUGCCGUCUGUGUCUGUCUCGCAUUAAGUUUUUGUCCUUUCCCUAUCCAGGGGUCUGUUUCUCGAAAAUCCCGGAAACUUUGUAGGCGUCAAGCCUUAUAUAAAAAUAAAAACGCGCCGGUCCCAGCUGACAAACUAAUCUAACAUGUUUUGUUAACUGAUAGUUUGACUGAAAUUUUCUUAAAAUUCAUAGUUUAAAUGUAGCAUUACAUGUACACCCUCCCAUAAACCCAACCCAGCAAGGAUCUCGGUGCUUAACAGCCAGCCCAUUCCAUGGGCGGCAGCUCAAUAGCUGUUGUGUUUGGCUCAUGCAAUCUAAGACAAUCCAACACAUAAUACGCAGUUUUUGCUGCCUCGUACCCAGACGUCCCUUGCGCUUCAUCACCAGUCAAUCGCGCGCGUCACUCGCGUCUUGCGCUUGCCACUGUGCGAAACACGAAGCGCUUGAGAAGGAGGCGGCAAUUUUUUAUUAUUGUGUCAGCUGUGUCCCGGGUUUUCAGCACCCACAAUUGCGAACGCUUAGAAGACCCUAGGACGAAGUUGAGAUUAGGUUCAUUAACUUUCUCUUAAAUUCCAAUUUGUUACUUGUAUGCUUUGCUAUGCUUUUCCUUUCUUACAGUGCUACUCUACCGGACUGUGGAAGAGUGCUUGUAAGUCGAAUGACGACUGCCGGUGCGAUGAAGGCAACGGACUGGUGUGUGAGGAUAAUGAAUGUGUUGAGCCACCAAGAACUAACAAGAUGAGCUUAUACAGGCACCGUCUUUAACAAGUUGUUGAUCACCUCCUAUUCUUUACCUUAACUGUCUAGCUUUCGGUACUGUCUGCAUGAGAACAAAUUUUCGCGAUGGAAUUUCGAAUACGAACCCCACACAGAGAGACUUAAAAACAUUUCAGUCCUCAUCCCAGGCCUUUUCGUUACACACUUCUUCGACUGAGUUUCACCCACCACUCUCGCAACUUCGGUUCUACCGCCGUACCCUGGGUAUUCUCGCGUACGGUUGGAUGCUUCGGUGUUGGCCGCAGGCCGACAGAUCUUCGGCCGAAGUGACGAGCGGCGAAGCGGGUAA